AUGGGGAGCAGAUCACUCGUCAAGCAUCAGUCGUCCUACAUAUUACCAUCCUUUUCUUCUUCUUCUUCUUCACAAAUGAGGGAUGAAUACAUCGGUGAUAGUGAUGACCUAGAAGUAGAAGAAGAAGAAGAAAUCAAUGAGGAUGAUUUAGAUGUGGGAUUCCCAUCUUCUAUGUAUUCCUCCCCAAAUGUGACCCAUCGCAUACAUCGUCACAUACACCAUCCACACAAAAAGAUAUUCCUAUUUUCUCACAACGAUGAUGAUGACAACGACAACCAUGAUGACGAUGAUGAAAUUGAUCAACUAGCCAGUGUUGAUUCUUCAUCCUCUAAUGAACGAGAAGAUCAAGAUGAACUACUAUUCAGUGAUGAUGAUGAUGAUGAUGAUGACACUUUUAUACCUGAUGGUAUCGGGUUCCACCAUUCAAGUGAUUCUUUGUCGUCAUUGUCAAGUAGCCACAAUAGUAGUAGUAGUAGCAAUUGCUCAGAGCCAGGCUCAAAGUGUACGACCCCAACCAUCAAAUUCAAAAUCACACAUAAACAACAAGAAGAACAGGAAAAAGAAAAGUCAUCAAUGGGAACUAAACCAAUAUUGAAAAGAGGUAGAGAAGACUACAACUACAACACUAGUGGUGGUGGUAAUGAAUCAUUUGAGGAGAGGGGCCGUGUAAAUAAUAAUACAAAUCAAUCAAAGGCAUUGAAGAAUUCGCAAUCAAUAACCACCCGAAAGAUUAAAAGAUUAAAAAUGUUUCAAUCAACCGGCGCCAACUCUAUUGAUGAGGAUACAGCUGCAGCAGCUGCUAGCAAUACCAAUCAUAGCUAUGAACAUAUAUUAAUGGAUGACAAACAUAUUCAAGAGGCAAUCAACCAUUUCAAGCAAGUUUCUCAACUUGAAAUUGAAAAGAUGUGUUUUAAUGAUGGUUUGGAUUUGAGAUCUGCUAUUGAUAAAUUGGUACAUAAAAUACAAGAAUCAAAUAUCAAUCAAAAAUCUCAAACCACAUCAACGACAUCAACUACUAUAUCUCAAACUACUUCUACAACUUCAACUAUAAAUAAUAAUAAUAAUAAUAAUCAACAAAAUAAUAAUAAUAGUAAUAAUAAUCAAAAUAAUAAUAUUAAAAUUAAUAAUAAUUUCACUUCAACAAUUAAUCAAGAUAAGGAUUAUUUAAUCAACAUUGGCAAAUACUCUGAAGACGAUGCAAAAAGAAUAUUGGUACUAAAAAAAGAGUUGGUUAAUCUUAGAAAGAGUGGGCAUAAUCAUAUAUCAGCAAUCACUGUCCUCUCAAAUCGUUUAGCUAGUAAUAAUCAACAACAAAUAACACAACAACAGAAACAACAGAAACAACAACGACUACAACUACACCAUUCUCAAAAUGAAUCAACGAUUUUAUCACCCACAAACAAAAAAAGACUAUUUGAUGACGAUGAUGAUCAAGAUGACAAUGAUUGUACAAUUAAUAUAUCAGAUAAUUAUAAUAGUCGUUCUUCUUUUAGAUAUAAAAAGAGAUUAAAGCAACCAAAUAAUAAUAAUAAUAAUAAUAAUAAUAAUAAUAAUAAUAAUAAUAAUAUAGAUGAAAAUAAUAUGUCAUUUGCAUUCAAUUAUUCACAUAUUCCAUCGUCAUCAUCCGACAACAACAACAACAACUUGUAUAAACACAAUCAAUCAUAUAAAACUGUACAUUUUGCAAAUAUACUGGAAAACCAUGGACAAGAAAAACAACAAGAUCAAGAUGAAGAAGAAGAAGAACAGGAACAAGAAAGAUCAGAUGAUUUUGAGGAUUGGGUAGAUGACAAUUUUGUAUCAUCAACAGACCAAAAGUUACCUCGUUCAUACCAUUUAAACAAUCCUUGUAGAUCUUCAACAUGGAGAAUAAAUAAUGAAUAA